AUGGCAGAGAUGACCCUGGAGACAGAUAGCCCCAGAUCUUCCAUGCCAGAUGAACUCCAACAUCCCCACUCUAAGUACUCUCAGUGGAAGUUUAAAUUGUUUAGAGUAAGGUCCAUGGAGAAAGCACCUCUUCCCAGUGAAACACAAAGUGAGAACGGAACUUUGUCAGAGAUCUCAUCUCCUGUACCUCCUAAUUUAGAGUUAGAUAAUGGCGUGAGGCCUGGGAGUGUUAUGAAAAUGUGCCUCGGAGGGAAAAGCAAAGAAAAUGUGGAGGGUCCAGGCCGGAGAGUAGAUAUGAAACUUCAGGAGAUGGAAACCCACAUGAACCACCUCAGGUCCUUGUGCCGAAUCUGUGGAACAGCCGUCAGGAAAGUUAAAGGUCCUGUGCAUGAAGUUCAUGGAGAUCUAGAUGAGUCAACUAAAGGCAUACUGCGUCGAAUGGGCUGCAAGUUCACCAGUUGGCCAGAGGUCAUUCUUAAGGUCUUCAAAGUAGAUGUGACAGAUGACACAGAAUCUAUCCACCCUCUUUAUUUCUGCCAUUGCUGCUGGAAGGUGGCAAUAAGAGGAGGAGGUUUUUGUAGCUUCUCCAGGAUGAGGGUUGCUGAGUGGAAGCCUCACUCUUCUCUUUGCACCUUUUGCUCCCCAAAGAAAUCCUUCUUUGAGAGGAGUAUGAGGAAAAGACGGAGGAAUCCCAGAGCCCCCAAACUGGCAAAGCGGCCCAGAUGGGACCACAACAAUACAGCCACUUUUGAGAAGAGAGGUUUGAGAACUGGAGGUUGUCGUUGUGGUCUUGCACGGAAGAUGUCAAGAAUCCACAAAGAACAAUGGGUGCGGACCAUCACCCAAUGCCAGAAAGAACACUUCAGCACCAAGCUCAUCUCGGAGAAGCUUCCCGUGGAUUUCCUUCGUUCUUUCACCUGUCUUAUCUGUGACCACCUGCUUAGUGACCCCGUUCAGUCCCCCUGUGGGCACCUGUUUUGCCGCAGCUGUAUUUUAAAGUAUAACUGCACUCUGGGUCCUCACUGCCCAGCUUGCAACUUGCCGUGUGCGAAUAAUGACCUCAGCCCUCCAGCCAAAGCCUUCUUAGCAGCCCUUCAUUCACUGCCUCUGCUCUGCACCAGAAACGGCUGCGACGCACAGGUCAGGCUCGAUUCUUUCAAAACUCACUGUCUGAGCCACGAGCUGCAACAGCAGGACGCAAACCCCACAUUGGCGGAGAAAGACUUCGACAACUACCUCCUGGUCAAUAAAGGAGGACGACCCCGUCAGCACUUGCUGUCACUGACUCGCCGUGCACAGAAGCACCGGCUGAGGGAUCUGAAGAAUCAGGUGAAGGUGUUUGCAGACAAAGAGGAAGGUGGCGACAUCAAAUCGGUUUGCCUGACACUCUUUCUUCUAGCGUUGAGAUCUGGCAAUGAACACAAGCAGGCGAAUGAGCUGGAGGCUAUGAUGCAAGGCCGAGGCUAUGGACUGCAGCCUGCUGUGUGUCUCGCCAUCCGUAUCAACACUUUCCUGAGCUGCAGCCAGUACCACAAGAUGUACCGUACUGUCAAAGCAACUAGUGGCCGCCAGAUUUUUCAGCCCCUGCACACCCUCCGAGCCACAGAGAAGGAGCUUCUCCCGGGAUUUCACCAAUUUGAAUGGCAGCCAGCUCUCAAGAAUGUCUCUCCUUCGUACAAUGUAGGCAUUAUUAACGGGCUUUCUGGACGGGCGUCCUCCGUAGACGACAUCCCAGUCGACACCAUCACUCGCCGUUUUCGAUAUGACGUGGCGCUGGUAUCGGCAUUAAAAGACCUGGAGGAGGACAUCAUGGAGGGGCUGACAGAGUGUGGAAUGGAAGACAGUGCUUGCACCUCAGGCUUCAGUGUUAUGAUCAAAGAAUCUUGUGACGGCAUGGGCGACGUCAGCGAGAAACACGGCGGGGGACCUGCGGUUCCUGAGAAGGCGGUGCGCUUCUCAUUCACUAUUAUGUCUAUCUCCAUCCUGGCAGACGGCGAGGAAAAGUCAGUUACCAUCUAUACUGAGCCGAAGCCAAACUCCGAACUGUCCUGUAAGCCCCUUUGCCUGAUGUUUGUUGACGAGUCAGACCAUGAAACCCUCACAGCUGUCCUGGGGCCAAUUGUUGCCGAGCGUGAAGCGAUGAAAGACAGCAGACUCAUUCUGUCAAUGGGUGGUUUGCCUCGCUCCUUCCGCUUCCACUUCAGAGGCACGGGAUACGAUGAGAAGAUGGUUCGUGAACUGGAGGGCCUGGAGGCCUCAGGUUCCAGCUACAUCUGCACGCUGUGUGACUCCAGUCGGGCAGAGGCCUCUCACAAUAUGGUGCUGCAUGCCAUUACCCGCAGCCAUGAAGAGAACCUGGAGCGUUACGAAAUAUGGAGAACUAAUCCCUUUUCAGAGUCUGUCAAUGAGCUGCGGGACCGUGUUAAAGGGGUCUCUGCCAAACCCUUUAUGGAGACCCAUGCAACGCUGGAUGCAUUACACUGUGACAUUGGCAAUGCCACUGAGUUCUACAAAAUCUUCCAAGAUGAGAUUGGGGAAGUGUACAAAAAAGUCAACCCCACCCGUGAGGAACGGCGUAGCUGGAGAGCAGCCCUAGAUAAACAGCUGAGGAAGAAAAUCAAGCUAAAACCAGUAAUGAGGAUGAAUGGGAACUAUGCCCGGAAGCUAAUGACCAUGGAGGCGAUGGAGGCGGUGUGUGAGCUGGUACCCACAGAGGAGAGGAGGGAAGGCCUGAGGGAGCUCAUGAGUCUCUACAUCCAGAUGAAGCCUGUCUGGCGUGCCUCCUGUCCAGCCAAAGAAUGCCCUGACCAGCUGUGCCGCUACAGCUUUAACUCCCAGCACUUUGCUGACCUCCUGGCCUCCACAUUCAAAUAUCGGUACAAUGGAAAGAUCACCAACUACCUCCACAAGACGCUGGCCCAUGUCCCUGAAAUCAUUGAACGAGAUGGGUCUAUUGGAGCCUGGGCUAGUGAGGGGAAUGAGUCUGCAAACAAACUGUUCAGGCGGUUCCGUAAGAUGAACGCACGCCAAUCAAAGACCUUUGAGUUAGAAGACAUAUUGAAACACCACUGGCUCUACACCUCCAAGUUCUUGCAGAAAUUUAUGGAGGCACACAAAGACAGCGCCAAAGCUCUCCAGGCUACCUUCGAUCCCUUGGAGAUCCAGGAUGAUAGCAUGUCCUUAGAUGUUACUAGUAUUUGA